AAAUCUCCCUCUGCCAUCUCAAUCUCCCUCUCUCCCGCAAAAAUCUCCCUCUGCCAUCGCAAUCUUCAUCGCAAUCUCCGAAAAUCACUCAUCUUCACCUCAAUCUCCCUCUGCCAACCAUCUUCCUCUCCCCAACAACAAAACCCCCAAUCCGUCGUCUUCUGCCCAAAUUUACCCAGCGCCGAUGCCUCCUCCGUCGUCAAGAGCACUUCUUCUACUGCCAUCCGCGAGAUGCACAACAGCGCUUGCUCUGGUUCAAGUGGCUCCUCGAAAAACCCCUUCAAAAAUUGGCAAUGGAAGAGGGAUUGGGGGCGGUGGUUGAGGGAACGCCGUAUUUUGAGGGCGGUAGUGGAUUUGGGACCCUAGAUUCUUUCUCAACGCCGCCAGAUCAUGAUUCUUCCUCGAUGCCUCAAAUCCAUGACAUAGACAGACAACAACGAAGGAGAAUUGAGCGCCAAACUACAGGAAAGGAGAAUCGAGCACCUCUUCUGCUUUCGACACCGCCAUGGGGGUCGACGGAUUCGAUUUCACAGACGGAUGUGGGAGAUGAGGUCGCCGAUGUGUUUGAUGAAAUUCCUUUUUUGUUUUUAUUUAUGUUCUUACGGGAUUGAUGGUAUAGAUGAUAUUGAAAUUGUACGUUUGUUUGGGUUUGGAAAGUUAUGGAGGGUUCUGGAACUUGAUAUUUCUGGGAAGAACAGAUCCGCGCAAAGAGAUGAAAGAAAAGGAAAGGGAAGAUACAAUGGGGAUAAAAAAGUAAUUAAAUAUUAAAUAAUAUUUACUUUAUAAUUUACAUUAAUUUUUUAUGAAAACACUUUAAAUAUUAAUUAAAAUGACACGUGUCAUAUACGUGUCCACCAAUGGUUGUGUUGUCGCUGACGUGGACGCUGAGUUGGCAGACAGAUUAGCGUUCCGUUAAUUUGACUAUCGGUGUCACUAACACCAUUAAAAUAUGUAACGGAAA